AUGGCUGAGAAUGACAACGAAGUUGUAUAUCUGAGAGUUUUGUACACUACAAUGGCGUAUUUGUUCGACAUCCUUCUGGAGUUUCAAAAUGUCUACUACUGCUUACCUAACAUCCCUUUAUCCAGAGGGAUUCGUCCCAUUGUAGAUGAUUUGGAUUUUGUCCAGUUUAUAGAUAGUGGGUAUGAAUACGGGGGAAUUUUAGUUUAUGUUGAUCAUAAUGGGAACGGGUUGGAGGAAUUGUGGGAUGAUGACAUGAAUCUGGUAGUUAGUGAAGAUAAUGAAAGUGGCAUUGAAGAUGAUUGUGUACCUUGA